AUGGACGCCGCUCCGCGCAUGGAGCACGUCCGGCGCGUUAGCACCCAGCGUCUCCCCCCCCCCGCUCUCUUUCAAGGCCCGCCCUCUCACAAUGCGUCCAAUCUGUCUCUCGCCCCCCCGGUGCCGGCCGUGUCUUCUCCAGGAACCAGCCAGCCGCCGCCCCUACAGCGCAAUCGCUCAUCGCGGCAGCCCGGCGCCCUCGAACCGCCCGGCUCGCUGUCCCCAUUCGUCUCACGUAGACCGUCCAAAGGCGAGGCGGAUCGCUCCGAUGCCAUCUGGCAGGAGAUGCAGAAUGCCCUGUCGGAAGUCGAGCUGAGCGCCGUCACCAGCGAAUACGUCUUCGGGGAGAAACACUCCGAAGCCCUGGAAGAUCUGCGGACCAAGCAGCUGAAGCUUGCGCAGGCCUGGGCUCGCAGCGAGGCGGAUGACGAAGGGGCCGAGAACAAGGGGAAACCCCCGUCCGGACCGAAGGGUUCGCGCAAUCCCGCGACGACGGGUGAGCCGGUCGUGCCCGAUGAUGCGUCCCAUCGGAACCUGGACGAAGAAACCGAAAAGGACCUCAUUCUUGCGCGCGAGAGACGGGAGGCGAAUGAUCGGUAUUUUGAUCGCGUGAAUAGCGGAGUGUUGGACGUGGUGGCCAAGCUAGAAGAAGUUGCGCAGGCCAUGCGUGUGGUGGAGAGAGAAAGCAGAGACAUCUGGAGUGACAACGAAACGGACAGUGUAACGAUGUCGACGCAGUCAACUCACUCUGGCUGAGGGGCCGGUAUACAUGUUCAAGACGGGUAUUUGAACCCACACCCAGACCUACAAUAAAUCGUCGUCCGGACCCGAGCGGAUCGCAGCGCAAUUUGGACUGCCAAUUGGCCGACGAUAUUGCUCAAGACUCACUGGUAUAAUCUGUGGACAAGAACAUGCCGCUUACGCUCUCGCAGCGCAAGAUUGUCCACACCGCGAUUUUUCCAGCACGCCGAAAUCUUGACAAAACCACGCGAGUUCGCAAUGACGAAGAACAACCGUUGCUAGCGCUCGAGCAUACUUAUGAAUGCCCUACACAAGGGUAACUAUAUUCAGUACAGCCCGGUGAAACGGCUAUGCGUAAUGGACAGACUAGGAGGGCAAAGACAGACUGAAGGACCAACUUGUAGUAAUAGCAUCCAGCAUCAAUUAGGAGAAUGCAAGGGUAUCAAAAUUCCAGCUGU